GGCGCGGCAGCCAAUGGAAGACGCCGGUCGCGAGCAGCGGGGCGGGGGCCCGAGGACCCGGGCCGCGCCUCGCUGCCGCCGCCGCCGCCGCCGCCACCGCCACCACUGCCGCCACUGCCACCGCCACCACGGCGGCCUCGUCCUCACAGCCGGAGCUGAGACACCAUGUCGCAAGAGUGAUUGCUUCCUCGUUUUCACAAUGGAAGACUCUGGAAAGACAUUUGGCUCCGAGGAGGAAGAAGCUAGCUACUGGAAGGAUCUAGCGAUGACCUACAAGCAGAGGGCCGAGAACACUCAGGAGGAGCUCCGGGAGUUCCAGGAGGGCAGCCGAGAGUAUGAGGCAGAGCUGGAAGCCCAGCUGCAGCAGAUCGAAAGCAGGAACCGAGACCUCCUGUCGGAGAACAACCGCCUGCGCAUGGAGCUGGAAACCAUCAAGGAAAAGUUUGAAAUGCAGCAUUCCGAAGGCUACAGGCAGAUCUCUGCCUUAGAGGACGACCUUGCACAGACGAAGGCAAUUAAAGAUCAACUGCAGAAAUACAUCCGCGAGCUGGAGCAAGCCAACGACGACCUGGAAAGAGCCAAACGGGCCACGAUCAUGUCUCUGGAAGACUUUGAGCAGCGCCUGAAUCAAGCCAUCGAAAGAAAUGCCUUCCUGGAAAGCGAACUUGACGAGAAGGAGAAUCUCCUAGAAUCCGUGCAGCGGCUGAAGGAUGAAGCCAGAGAUUUGCGGCAGGAGUUGGCUGUGCAGCAGAAGCAAGACAAACCCAGGACCCCCAAGCCCAGCUCCGUGGAAGCUGAAAGGACAGACACAGCUGUGCAGGCCACAGGCUCCGUGCCGUCCACCCCCAUAGCUCACCGGGGGCCCAGCGCCAGUUUAAACACCCCAGGGGCCUUCAGACACGGUCUGGACAGUCCCGCUGGUGGAACCCCACUCACACCUGCUGCCCGGAUAUCGGCACUCAAUAUCGUGGGGGACCUGCUACGGAAAGUGGGGGCACUGGAGUCCAAACUUGCUUCCUGCCGAAACUUCGUGUACGAUCAGUCCCCAAACCGGACGAGUGGCCCAGCCCCAGGGCGGGGGAGCAGGAGCAGAGACGGUGGCGACAGACGGUCUGGCAGCACCAGCGUGCCAUUGGGUGACAAAGGGUCAGUGCCAUUGAUGAACCACAUGGAGAGAAAACUGAGACCCUGAGACCCUGCUCCCGACUAUUGAUACUCUAGAACUCUGUGGGCCCCGUGCUAGCCAGUGGGUCGCGGCUGUGCCGUCAGCUUAACUUGGUUUGCUCUGUCUGAAGGUUGGGAAAACGCCUGGAAUUUGGGAAGCCGCCUUCGCAUAUUUCCUCACCACCGCUGCCGUCAACCCAGGGUGUAGUCAAGAUGUUGCUUUAGGAAAGCCACGGAAGCUUCUGGAGCCCUGGUGUGUGUGCAGUGUCGCUGCCUUUCUCCCCCUCGUUGCAGUAGGUGUUUGGGUUCCUUAAGUUAGUUGGAGAAAUGAGAGCCAGCGGUCACCAUCAUUCGCUUUUGUGCUUUGUGGCCUGAGCCCGCAAUUGAGGCCAUCGUUGUGGCCCCCGGCGUUUGUCCCUGUGAAAAGUCACCGUGGUUCCAGCGUCUGUGUCAGAGUGUGUGUCGUGAAGACAUGGGAAGGGCUGUGAAUGUGGUUGACGAGGCUAGCCCCUCGUUCCACGCUCACCCAGGGGUCCCGGUCAGUCUUCAGAGGUAACGGUUAAUGUCCGGAGUCUCCUUCCAGCAGGGAUCGUAGCCCAUCUCAGGGGCUACCCCCCCACGGCCCACGCUCACCUGGUGUCUGCUUCCAGAGCCAGCUGUCCCAGUGCUUGACACACACCUCAGUCCUGUCAGGAGCAGAGAACGGAAGAGGCAUGUGCCACGGUUGAAACCGUGGUCUUGUGCCUCUGGGACUUUUACACGUGCCUUUCCUGAGGUUCUUAAGUGAGUUUCAGAAAUUAUCAGGUAAAUCCUGAGUCCGCCACCCUGGCAUGGGGAUGGCUUCUGUGUCCAGGCCCUGGGAGGCCUCGGAAAUGCAGCCUCUAGGAACAGGACUUCCUUCAGAGCUGUCAUGGGGUGACCGGAGGCCCCAGAUCGCACUGAAACCCAGGAUUGUGGGCAGGCGCUUCUUGGCAAACGACAGAACGUUGUAGGAUUUCCAGCGCUUGCUGUGAGCUGCUGUCUCUCACUUCCCCGCACAGGUCGGAAGAACACACUAAUUUCAGGAGCGUGCAUGCAGCUUAACAGCCUUCGUUUUGUUACUCAGUUAUUUUCUAUAAGAACUGCAAAAAUGUCCUUAAGUUGAAAAUAGAACUUUUCAAGUGCUACUGAAAUUCAGCAGAGAAUUAAGCCUCAGUACUAGGGAUUUUAUCCUGAGACAUCCUAACCCAUAUCGGUAAAAGAUGUACUUUUAUUUUUCUAAAAGAACAAUAAAAUCCAAAGGAAGUCACGAUCAA